GGUUAUCUUUAAUGCCAGCUACACCUCUUAGCUCUCUGCUCGCCCCGGGACUGUUCGCAGAGACUUCAGGAAAUUGUAGUUAUUAGGGAGAGGGUUUCACGUUGAAAGUCUAAGACCGAAUGACUCAAUGCGACUACAUUACCCGGAAGGCUACAGUCACCCCUGCGGGUUGUUGUGAAUAUAUAUCAGAAUUUUAAUGACUUGCUGCUGCUAAAUUUGGUCAAAGAAGUCACUACAGAAGGCUUGUUGUUAGCGCUGUACAGGGAGCACUUUGCAGACGUUUCUUCUCACGGCGAUGGGUCUGGAUUGUGUUAGAAAAUGUGCAAAUAAGGAAAGAAAUAAGUGAUAAAAAAAACAAAAAACUAUUGAGCUUAGUAAAUGAACAGAACAAUUCAGAAAACAGAGUAGUACAAACUAAAAGUGAAUCAAAAGGAAGAAAAAAAUCAUAACGGUGAAAGAAAAUCUUUGGAAGGGAGAUGGGAUGCUUUUUUAUACAAAUGUGAAAUUCCGAUCAUUACAAUCCGGACUAGUAGUCGGCAGACCGCGAGCCAGUACAAAGGUUAAGAAUAAACAUGCUCGUAGUUCUUAAAAUAUUGACACAAUCCUGUCGAAUUUACAUUGGAAGCGAAGAUACUUCCUGUUGUAUUUAAGAUAAAACACCUGGGAAUGUUGCAACGUUCUUUGCGAAGGGAUAAGCGGAUACAAAGCGCUCUUGCAUGAAACUGUAGAGGAAAUUACUCCACGCUUCCGAGAAGACGGGAGUGUUAAUGAGGGCUGUCGAAUUUAUGUGAAUAACUAAGAAUUUGUUAUAUUUUCAUGUUGUUAACAUCCUGGAAGGAAUAAAUACCAUAUUGAUGAUUCGAGACCUGAGCAAGAUGUACCCCCAGGCUAGGCACCCAGCUCCACAUCAACCAGCCCAGCCCUUUAAAUUCACCAUAUCGGAGUCCUGCGAUAGGAUUAAAGAAGAGUUUCAGUUUUUACAGGCUCAGUACCACAGUUUGAAGCUGGAGUGUGAAAAAUUGGCUAGUGAGAAGACUGAAAUGCAGCGACAUUACGUCAUGUAUUACGAGAUGUCGUAUGGACUGAACAUAGAGAUGCACAAACAGGCUGAGAUUGUCAAGAGGCUGAAUGCUAUUUGUGCCCAAGUUAUUCCCUUCUUAUCCCAGGAGCACCAGCAGCAAGUGGUCCAAGCAGUGGAGAGAGCCAAGCAAGUUACCAUGGCAGAGCUGAACGCCAUCAUUGGGCAACAGCAAACCAUCUUUCCCACAAUGCAGCAGCAGCUCCAGGCUCAGCAUCUCUCACAUGGACAUGGGCUUCCAGUCCCCCUCACGCCCCACCCCUCGGGUCUGCAGCCUCCAGCUAUCCCUCCCAUGGGCAGCAGUGCAGGUCUCCUGGCCCUGUCCAGCGUGCUCAGUGGACAUCCUCAACUACCAAUCAAAGAUGAGAAAAAGCACCAUGAGAAUGAUCACCAAAGAGAUAGAGACUCCGUAAAGAGCUCGUCUGUGUCACCAUCAGCUAGUUUCAGAGCAGCAGAGAAACACAGGAACUCGACGGAUUACUCCUUGGAUAGCAAGAAACAGAAGACUGAUGACAAAGAUUUGGCAACCCGCUAUGAUAGUGAUGGAGAGAAGAGUGAUGACAACUUGGUGGUUGAUGUUUCUAAUGAGGACCCAGUUUCUCCUCGAGGAAGCCCAGCACAUUCCCCAAGAGAGAAUGGCCUGGAUAAGCCACGCUUGAUCAAGAAGGAUGCUCCAAUCAGCCCAGCCUCUCUCGCUUCCUCCAGCAGCACCCCAUCUUCAAAGUCCAAAGAGCUUAACCUUAAUGAGAAAUCUACUACUCCAGUGUCAAAAUCCAGCACCCCAACUCCACGCUCAGAUGCUCCCACUCCGGGCAGCACCUCCACUCCAGGACUGAGGGCUGUACCUGGCAAGCUACUAGGAGCUGACCCAUUAGCUCCUGGUUUGCGGACCCCCAUGGCAGUGCCAUGCCCUUACCCGGCUCCUUUUGGCAUUGUUCCUCAUGCUGGCAUGAAUGGCGACCUGACCAGCCCGGGGACAGCCUAUGCUGGCCUGCACAGCAUUUCUCCACAGAUGAGUGCUGCUGCCGCCGCUGCAGCAGCCGCUGCAGCAGCUGCUGCCUACGGCCGAUCACAGGUGGUUGGCUUUGAUCCACACCACCAUAUGCGCGUUCCUGGGAUCCCUCCGAACCUGUCUGGCAUCCCUGGAGGAAAACCAGCCUAUUCGUUUCAUGUGAGUGCUGACGGCCAGAUGCAGCCUGUGCCCUUCCCUCCUGAUGCUCUGAUUGGUCCGGGGAUCCCUCGGCACGCCCGUCAGAUCAACACUUUGAGUCACGGAGAGGUGGUGUGCGCAGUUACCAUCAGCAACCCCACUAGACACGUGUAUACUGGUGGCAAGGGCUGUGUGAAGGUCUGGGACAUCAGUCACCCUGGCAACAAGAGCCCAGUGUCUCAGCUGGACUGUCUGAACAGAGAUAACUACAUCCGUUCCUGCAGAUUACUCCCCGACGGGCGCACCCUGAUUGUCGGCGGGGAGGCCAGCACGUUAUCCAUCUGGGACCUGGCUGCUCCCACCCCGCGCAUUAAGGCUGAGCUGACAUCCUCGGCGCCUGCCUGCUAUGCUCUGGCUAUCAGUCCCGACUCCAAGGUGUGCUUCUCCUGCUGCAGUGACGGUAACAUCGCAGUCUGGGACCUGCACAACCAGACACUAGUCAGACAAUUCCAGGGCCACACGGAUGGAGCCAGCUGUAUUGAUAUUUCCAAUGAUGGCACCAAGCUGUGGACGGGAGGCUUGGACAACACAGUCAGGUCCUGGGACCUCCGAGAAGGAAGGCAGCUACAGCAACAUGACUUCACUUCCCAGAUAUUUUCUUUGGGAUACUGCCCUACAGGAGAAUGGCUGGCUGUGGGAAUGGAGAACAGUAAUGUGGAGGUGUUGCACGUCACAAAACCAGACAAAUACCAGUUACAUCUCCAUGAGAGCUGUGUGCUGUCACUCAAAUUUGCCCAUUGUGGUAAAUGGUUUGUGAGCACUGGGAAAGAUAACCUGCUGAAUGCCUGGAGGACCCCAUAUGGAGCCAGCAUAUUCCAGUCCAAGGAAUCCUCCUCUGUGCUUAGCUGCGAUAUCUCUGUGGAUGAUAAAUACAUUGUCACAGGCUCUGGGGACAAGAAGGCCACUGUCUAUGAAGUUAUUUAUUAGACGGAGGAUCUGAAUACAAAGAGGACUCCUACCGAAGCACUUUGUUAUAGCUGAUCAUUAAGACUGACUGUGAAGCAAAGAUUUGUUGAAAUGAAGAAGAAAAAAACAAACAAACAAAGAAACAGGAAUCUGCUGCAUUGACUUCAACUUAUUUUACUACUAUAUUAUGGAUGUACAGUAAACUCUUGUGAUACCAAAUCUUCAGACCAGAAUUAACUGAUAGAAUGAACCGAGCUUACUUUCCAUGAACUGAACACAUUAAUUAUGUACAAUAGUUUAUUCUAUUUAUUUUUAAGAAUAUUUUCUAACCAAUACUUAAAUUCAAUUGGAUGGAGCUGAUAGGCACGUCUGUUGAUAUUAAAGAAGGAUGGAAUUGUCUCCAGACUUGGGCAGGAAGUUCUCUUGCAAAAACCAAAUAUUUUUACAUCAGUGUUCAUUUGGAAUUUAAUUAUUUUGGAUUACAUUCCAGUUACUAAAGAUCAUGUAAAAGUGAGUUGCAGUAGAAGUUUUUUUGUGACUCCUCAUACUGAUGCCUAUGGAACCGAGACAACUACCCAGACACCCUGAAGUGUUUUCUAGCCACAGAUACACGACUCAAUGGAAAUUAGCAAGGUGAUUGUUAAUGUCCUCCAGGCGUGGAUUGUUGACAACUAUUUCAUGGGACUUGCUUUGAAAAUCCUUCCAGCAGACACUUAUUUGUGUGCAAACUAAAUGUAAAUAGUACUUUUGGACAGUUUGUGUGUUGAAUGCUUAAAAGAACCAAGUAUGUGGAUCUGCUGAUGUACAGUGCCUUUGCUGCUAUAGAUCAAACCUUUAAUAUAGGUAAUAUAUUGUAUUGGUUUAGAUGUACUAUAUUUGGUAUUAGAGUAUAGAGACACAAUAUUCAGUUUACAAUAGACUGUCUAGUUGAGUUCUGGAAGUGGUAGCCAACAUUGUUCUGAGUUCUUGGUGUUUUGUCAUGAACAGUUUCAGAAUACUGUAACGUUGAAUGGUUUUGAUACUAAAACUUGUGAUUGUAUAUAUUUCUGAUGCAACAUGUCAGUAAUUCUCAUGCAUAUAUUAGGGUGUGAAACAGCACUGUAGAUAACAUUUGCAGGUUGUAAAAUUUCUGAAUUUUUGUUUUGUAAGAAAUUCAAAGUGAUCUAAAGGUUUCACAUUUUUUCUUCGGUGGAAACAUGUUAGAUAACUUUGCAGAAACAGUUGUAAGCAUGGAGACCUGGGCCAGAGAUGAGUCAUUUGUAUUUUUUAUUGAUCAUAGUAAUACAUGAUUACACAUUAUAGUACUUAACACAAUCCUAAUGUAUACAUAUGAGUAGCUGUUAGUUUAUGGAUCAGUCAUUUAAAAUUACUUUUAUACAUUCACUCCAGCUCAACAUGUUGAUUUUUAUCCUUUCUUAGGCCAAGUUUCCUAUGUACAUAAAACAGUAUAGCAUAGCUUGCAGCAAAGUAGUUUUUCACUCUAAAGAAAUGUUUAUUUUUCCUAAUUUGAUGCAUUAUCCCAUCAUUACAUUUUAGAUACAGAUAUUUGGGUAUUUGUUUGUUUUUCAGCAAAAUAGCUGUGAAGACAACCAGUCCUUUUUUUAAAUGUGCUUUUUCUGUUAUAUAAAGGAGAAUGGCAUGCCUCCAAUAAAACAUACUGUAUGUCUCCCCGCUUACAAUAUAUGGAAACCUUGUUUUAUAUUCUCUCUGCCUGCCCUAUUUAAAAUGUUCACAAUAUUCAGUUUUACAAGCCAUUGGAAAAUGUAAAGAACACCCUAUUUUUAUUUUUUUUAACCUGCAUUCUUAGGAGUGGAUGACGUUCUGCUUAUUAUAAGGUACAUUAAGUUAUUGGCUGAAAAUAAGUAUAUUAAAAAUAAGUAAACAAGUUGUGAACUGUAGAGAUUGAGUCAAACAAAUAUAUCAAGUAUUGUCAUAUUUUGCAAUGCCUUUAAAGUAAUGUUUCUUGGAAAAGGUUUCUGCAGAUGGCCAACCAAUCUGUCCAUCCAAUGUACAAAGAAUCGCAUUGCCCAUUUUUAAUUGAUUUCUCUAACAUUUUUAUAGAGGGUGCUCUGUAUCAUCACCAUUUUAUAUGGAUGACUCUCUUUUUUUUUGAACAACACAAAUUGAUAAGUAGGAUUUGCUUUGGUACUGGAUAGUUCAAGAUACUAUUUUAUACAAACAAUGAAACAUUUAUGCUGUAAAAAAUGAAAAAGUACCCGUUGCUAGGUGUUGGUGUUUCUUUAAUACAACAUGCAUUUUGUCUUUUCUAGUCCUGUGUCUAAAUUUAUUAAAAACCUUUAUGGCGUUGCAUUGAUGAUAA